CCGGUGGAAGUUUUGGGUGACGAUUCCUGCUCCCUCGGCUCAUCCUCCCCGUCGCUCCAGGCGAUGGUGUCUGCACCUCUGUUGGGUAGAACUGUUUGUGCAAGUUGCAGUGAGGACAUUUUGGAUAAAUACUUGCUGAAGGUUAACGACUUGUGCUGGCAUGUGCGUUGUCUCUCCUGUAGCGUGUGCCAAACAUCGCUUGGCAGUCAUACAAGUUGUUACAUCAAAGAAAAAGAGGUCUUUUGCAAAUUGGACUACUUUAGAAGAUAUGGAACAUGGUGCGCGUGCUGCGGUCGAAAUAUCCACUCUACAGACUGGGUCCGCCGGGCGAAGGGCAACGUGUACCACCUGGCGUGUUUCGCCUGUUUCUCCUGUAAGAGGCAGCUGUCCACGGGGGAAGAGUUUGCCCUGGUGGAGGAGAAGGUGCUGUGUCGUGUUCACUACGACUGUAUGCUGGACAACCUGAAACGCGCCGUGGAGAAAGGAAGUGGUGUGAAUCUAGAGGGGGCGAUGCCAACAGAACAGGAAGUGAAUCAGCCCAAGCCUUCAAAAAGAGCGCGCACCAGCUUCACCGCUGACCAAUUACAGGUGAUGCAGGCCCAGUUUGCCCAGGACAACAACCCAGAUGCCCAGACCCUGCAGAAGCUGGCAGAGCAGACAGGCCUGAGUAGGAGAGUCAUACAGGUUUGGUUCCAGAACUGCAGAGCGCGCCAUAAGAAGCAUGUGAGCCCCAACCACUCCUCAGCCACCCCCCUGUCCUCCCUGCAGCCCGGUCGCCACUCCCAGCCCACCCCGGCCCCAGAAGAGCUGCAGUACACAGCCUACGGCACCCCAGAGGGCUCCAUGCUCACCGCGCUGCACUCCUACAUCGAUGUGCACUCCCCUCAGUCUAUGCUUUUCCAUCCCCUGCUGCCCCCCCACGCCAUGACCUCCCUUCCUGUGACCCACGCCUGAGCAAGACACACACACACACGCACACACAAUUUGCCAGAGCCUCACACACCACCAGGGAUCUUCAGCCUAGUAGGUUUCUUCUUAACAAAUUAAUUAAGUGUAACAUUUCAUGUGACUUGUCAGUAAGGGUCAUGUUAGAAGCCUUAUCUGUCUGAAAGGGGCCCCAUACACACACUUAAGUUGUACAAUUGAUGUUCAAUGCAUUUGUCACAACGGUUGAUACAGCAGUUUUUUUUUUACUUCCAAAAAUAUACACACAAGUACAAUGGUUGAGUAAACACGUUUGUGCGUACAAACUAUUUUUUGUACAAUACAAAUAUGAGUUGCAUCACAACCAUUGUCAUACUUUAUACAUCAGUUGGAUAACUGUAGUGUGUACAGAGCUUUGUGUAUUUAUUGCAAAGUGCCACAGUUUGAUGCCGAUCUUUUAUCUAAGGGG